CCAAAUCUAACACGCUUUUAGUCUAAUUUCCAUUUAGACCGAGUAGUAAACAAUUUUUAAACCGCUUACUAUCUUCCCACUACACCGCUCCAAUUAUUACCACGCUAGUGAUGGCAUCUCAAGUCGUUGCCGCCGGCUUAAUUGUUUAUCGACGUCUACAUAAUCAGAUAGAAUACUUGCUACUUAAACAUUCCUAUGGAAAACAACACUGGACGCCACCCAAGGGUCAUGUCGAUCUUGGUGAGAUGGAAUUCGAUACAGCAUUGCGAGAAACUUAUGAAGAAGCUGGACUUCAUAAAAACCAAAUGAUACUUGAUGAAACUUUCCAGGUAGAAAUUUUUUAUCCUGUAAAAAAUGCUUCUAAACGUGUUAUUUAUUGGUUGUCACAAGUCAAAGAUCCCAAUGUGAAAGUGACUCUGUCCUCUGAACACAAUGAUUACAAGUGGUGUUCCUUGAAAGAAGCUCUUGAUAUUGUUGAAUACCAAAACAGUAAAGACAUUUUAAACAAAGCCACAGCUUAUUUGGAGAAGAAAUCUGCAUAGUAUAUGUGCUGGUGUGAUGCAAGAUUUUGAAGUUGAAUUCAAUAAUUGAAGAAAGAAAGAAUUGCAAUAUCAAUAUAGUAAUUAGUCAGACUCUUAACUUCAUCUUUGACGACAAAAAUUGCUUUGAUAUUUACAUCUAAGCUACAUUUUAAAUGGUUUGAAUAUAGACAUACUGAACAAUUAUCAGGGAUGAAACUCAUCAAAAUGUAGUGCAGAUAAAAAUAAUACAAAUUUUCAUAUCUACAAUUGUUUUAAUAGCAACUCUUCUCAAAUAUUUAGAUAUACAAUAUGAUUUUUAAUAAAAUAUUUUUUAAGCUA